AAGAACCAAGAGUAUAUUUCCAGCACAGUGAUAGAGUAUUACAAUGAUGAAGUCGUUACAGUUACUAGUGUGUCUUCUACUUUCCCACCUGUGUGUCGGAACUCCACUAGGCAAUGCGAAGUCCAAUAGCUUCUUGUCGGAGAUUUUUCCUAGAGCGGCUGACGUGUGUACUAACGUUUGUGACGGAAGUUGUAAAAGCGAGUGCCCGAUCGGCGAGUUGGUCGGUUCAACCGAAUGCACAUGUAAAAACAAUCGCGGAGUAUGCUGUAUAACCGAUCCCCAGAUUGAUGACUGUUCCGACUGUGGCGGCGUAUGUAAAAGAGCUUGUGGCCCAAAUGACGUUGAGGGCGGUGCUGCAUGUGAAUGUGGUAAUGGAAAAAAAUGCUGCAUAUCUCUCGAAGUUCCGGAACCAACUAAAGAUGGAUCUGGGCGAGGGGAUCCACAUUACCGAACGUUCGAUAGCAAGAAGUUUAGUUUCCAAGGAAACUGUUCCUAUAUAUUAAUGAAAAACUGUGGACCGAGGAAAAGUACUGCGUUCCAAGUUGAAGUAAUACAGAGAGGUCGGGACGGUGAAGAAGUGACACGGGUCUGGGCUGUCACAGUACGCAUUGAUCGCCACAUCAUCGAAAUGGGCCAGAACAAUUCAAUUAUUAUUGAUAAAAAGGUCACAUCAUUGGAUUCACUGCCAAGGUCACUGAUCAUCGCUGAUAGUAAUGUCAUCCACAUUAAAUUAAUCGAUGAUGUUAUCAACGUAGAAAUGCCAUCUAGAUUUAACGUCAUGUGGGACGGCGACCGAUUUGUUGAUAUUCACAUUGAGCCAUUGCUGUAUGGAAACGUGUGUGGUCUCCUAGGCAACGCUGAUGACGAUCCAACCAAUGAUUUCAAAGACGCCAAUGGAAAACUUUUGGAUAACGUCGAUGAUUUCACCAACUCGUGGAUAGUACCGGGAAGGUAA